AUGGAGGAGCAGGGCGUGGUGGUGCGGCGCGUGAUGGACGCCGACAACAGCUGCCUCUUCAACGCCGUCGGGUAUGUGACGGAGCGCAGUCGAGACAAGGGCGCGCAGCUGCGGCAGGUGAUAGCGCGCGUGGUGGCGGGGGACGAGCAGCGCUUCACAGAGGCCGUGCUGGACAAGCCGAACGCCGCCUACUGCCAGUGGAUCGCCCGCGCUGACUCCUGGGGCGGUGGCAUUGAGCUAGCGAUCUUGUCCGAUCAUUUUGCCAAGAAGAUUGCUGCUUUUGACAUCCAAACGAAGCGAUGCGACGUGUACGGGCAGGACAAGCCGUACAGCGAGACCAUCAUGCUCAUAUACGACGGCAUUCACUACGAUGCCCUCGCGCUCUCCCCAUGUGAAGGGGCCCCGGAGGACUUUGACCAGACCAUCUUCCCGGCCACUGCAGCGCAUCCCCUCCCUCCCGCUGUGCGCCGCAGUGCAGAGGUCUUAGUGGAGGCUGCUCACAAGGCCAAGAGCUUUACAGACACAGCACGCUUUGCACUGCGCUGUGUGGUGUGCCAGCAAGGGCUGAUGGGGCAGAAGGUGAGGGUAAUCGCCCAGUGCCAACUGUGCACAGCGCAUAGGUCAGCGAGAUACGUGCAGGUUCACCACAUCGCUUGCUGUGUUGGGUGCAUCUGUGUUGGGUGA